GGAAAGGAUCAACCAUGGAAGCAGUCAAUUUUGUGACUUAGACCACGCGGAAAGGAUCAACUAUUGAAUGCAGGGACCAAGUGUUUCUAAUAUGCAGCAUAAAACAUAGAAGUCGACUAGAAAACAUUUGAUCUCAAUUUCAUGGUAUUUUCAUGCACUUCAAGAUAAUCAUAUCUUUGUGUUACAGACUUUUAUAUAUAUAUAAAUAUUCACACAUAAACACAUACAUACUUUACAAUUGAGAUCAACAAAAAUCACAAGGUAGGAAAGAAACACUGGAGGGAAGAAGUUUUUGAGAGAGAUGUAUGUGACCAGGCCUCUUUCUCUCUACUUAAACUUUCCUGAUUCUCUUUCACUACCACCUGAGGGUCCAAAUUCUGGCUAUUUAGUUCUUCAAGAUGAAGAAUCUGAGACCACUUGUUGUUUCGGAUUUUGCAAUGACCCUAACCUCCAAGGCCUGCCAUUUCCUCAGAACAAGGACCUGGCUAUUCACUACUCAACAGGUGGAGGUGAGUACAGAAGCGAUCAUUAUGAUGAUGUUUCAUUCAUUCCAGUUCUUAAUCAGCCAUUGUCUUCCAAUCGCUAUUACGCAAUAAAGCCGCAUGGAAAGCAUAAAGGGGAAGCAUACGCUUGUUCAACAGAGGAAGACAAGGCUACCUGCUGUUUCUGCAGAUGUGUACAAGAUGUAAAGCCAAGGCCAUUAAAUCCCGAUGACAUGUAUCAGCAAUUUGAGUUUUUUCUUUACCCAACAUUUUGCAAAGCUGGGAGUAGUUUCUAUGCAAAAUCUGUUGCACCAGAUGGGCAUCCCCCGGACUUCUUGAGGAGAAAAGGGUGGGAUGUUAAAACCAAAAACCCCAGAAACUAUGAAUUAGGUGAAGCUCCAGGCCUCAACGCUGCCCUUCGUGCUCGCCUUCCAGAAUUCAACUUCCCGUUAGCAUGUAAAAAUUCUGAAGUUGUCAUCAUUGGGAAGUGGUAUUGUCCUUUUAUGUUUAUCAAAGAGGGAACUUUGAAAGAACAGAUGAAAGCAUCAAUGUUCUACGAGAUGACACUAGAGCAAACGUGGGAGAAGAUUUUCGCAUGUGAGAACAAUUAUAACGAAGGAAACAGUGUGUCUGUGGGUGUUGUAGUUCAGAAAGAAGUUGCCUUUGUUGCUCAAAGGGAAGCUGUUUGGGAUGAGAAAAAAGUGGUUGAUGGGGCAAUAUGGUUUACAGGUUUUGGUGGUGUAGGAGAAGAUUUAAGAGUGGGCUUGAGCUUAGCAAUUGUAGAGAGGAUGAAAUGGGAGCAAGAAAGAGGUGGGUGGAUUGGUGGGGAAGAAAGGCAAAAGAGGGUGAAGAGAGUAGAGGAGUUUGGAGGGAAUGGUGGGUGGAGAAGAUUUGGUUGCUAUGUAUUGGUAGAGAAGUUUGUGUUGAAAAGAAUGGAUGGGAGUGUUGUCAUGACCUACUCUUUCAAUCACACACAUCAGGUUAAGAGUAAAUGGGAAUGAGGAUUAUGUACCAUUUCUUUUGAAACAUUCAGAAAACUCCAAUUUAUCUUUUUUAUCGUGUGUAUGUUCAUGUUUUAUUUUGUUAUGUUCUUGUAAUUCUUCACUCAUGUAUCCCUAAAUUUUGAUAAUACAUACAAGUAUAUUGAAUUAUGGAUA